AUGAGUUUAGAAACGCAAAUAGUAACAUUGCUUGGUCACGGAAUCGAACAUAAACUGCAAAUAAGCGAUCUCGAUAUUAAUUUUUCACCCACAAUACUUUCUACUGGAGUGCUGGAAAAAGUGUUCACGAUCAAAAAUACGAGCAAUUAUCCUAUAGAAUUUUUCUGGCAUCAUCUCGACAGUCUUUUUCUAGAAGAGGAGCGAAUCACAGAGGCACUGACUCGUUACUACGGAGUUAAAGAAAUCCUAUUACCGCCUCGAAAACUCGGAGAGAGAAUGCCGUCAUCUUUAAUGGAAUUCUAUAAUAGCCUCAUGAGCGAGAUGGCGUACACUUUGUCGGCGGAAGUAAUCGAGGAAAAAAGUACCACUACGCUGAAUGACGACAACGAACUUUCAAAUGUGGAACGCAAGAAAAGAAUACGAGCAAGAAAGAAAUCGUCUAGUACGUCGAGAUUAUUUGUUCAACAAUUUCCGACUCGUGAAAGAUCAAAAAUGAAUCUGCAAAAAGAUUUUAACGUCGACAGACGGAAACGGAAGAACGAACUCGACUUUCCUCGCGAACCUCCAAUAUUACCAACAAACGAUCCCCAAGAACUUCACAAUUUGCUCCUAUGCUAUAUAGAGACUCUGCGUAAAGAUCCAAGUUCUUACAAAAGAAUAGGAGAUCCUGUAAAGGAAUUGUUUGAUAGUCAGAAAACAAAAUCAAUUUCGGAGCUUGAUUUUUCGCAACCAGCCAAGAAAGUUUGCAUUAUCUUUCAUGGCGCGCCGUUUACUGAAUAUCAAGAAACCGCGUGCAGAAGUGCUAAGGUAUUGCAAGUACCUCUACUAUGCAUAGACAAUGUAAUUAUCGAAGCCAUCGCGCUUGGCGACAAUUGCGUUUCCCUCAAGUUGCGACAGAUCGUCGACGACGCUUAUCAGAAACAUUUGUUGGCUUUCGAGAGACUCAAAGAUAAUUUGGAAACUAAUCUGCCAAUAACAAAGAAAACCGACGUAGAAAUCGUGGAACAUGAUCAAACAAUUGCAAAGAAAUCACCUACGAUAACAAAGUCACCAAAAUCUCCAAAAGCAACUAAAAUUGAUUUAAAAACAAAGACGGAAAUCGAUGGACACUCAGAGAGUGAUAUUCCGCCUCAAUUAAUGAUUUCAUUCGAAAAGGAAUUUGCUAAGAUUCCAAGAGAACAAGAUUUGAAAUUUUUAGAUCCUAUAAAUGUUUACGAAUAUAAAAUUCAAACAAUUUUGCUAUUGCAAAGAAUUUUUUCACAUUGCGCGACAAUUGAACCGAAAGUUAAUGAGAAAGACAAUACUUUUCUCGGAAUUGAUAUUGACUUAUUAAUCAAAGUUUUUGAAGAAAGGUUAUCGUCACUAGAUUUCAAGAACGGUUUCGUUCUGCAAACUUUAAACAAUGUGUUUUUUAAAAACGAAAUUACUACACUGCUCACCUUACUCAACAUUAUUGGACAUGUAGAAUAUUCAUUGUUUGUAACUUUUCUAAACUCGAUGGAUACUUAUACUCGAAAAAUGGAGGAAUUGCGGAAGUUAGAAGCGCAACGACUAGCGGAAGAAGUUGCUAAGAAAAUUCAGGAAAUUGAUGAAAUGUCAUUAUCGGAGUAUGAGCUACUUCCAGACGAAGAUAAAAAGUUUUAUUUGGAAUUAACUUUACCAAUAAAGAAACAAGAAGCAUUGCAAAGGCGAACGAAAUAUUUACAACAAAUUACGGAAUUACGAAACAAAAAAGUAUUGACAUACAGUCUAGAAGAAAAGUCUCAAACUUUUGAAGCGCUCACAAGCAAAAGAGAAAUUCCAGAUUAUGAAGAUCUUGAAAGCAGUAAUAGUUCUAAACCAAUUUUAGAAAAACAGGAAAAAUCGAAAGAAUUGCAGGAUAUUGCCAGUGCCAUGAAUGAUUAUUAUAGCCGUCUUUCAGCCAUAGAAAACAUCAUCAAAAACUGGGAUCCUCUUAAAAAGGAUGCAUUGCUCACUCCAAAAGACAAAUUGAAAACUGAUAGACUGAUAGAUACUAAAGACAAAAGUUCUGAUAUCAGUAAAGAGGUAUAA